UUUAUUUUAUCUAUACCUAUUAUCUCUCCAUCGGCGUUUGCAGACCGGAGGUGGGUGAUUUUCAGUCUGUUUAAUUUGUUUGCCUCAGUGUUGAACUAUGUUAGGCUUAGAAGAGAAAGAGAUGAUGAUGAAGAAGGUGAGGAAGGCGACGCCAGAGUUGGCGACCUCUAAAACGAUCGUGUGGUGGGACAUGGACAGCUGUCCGCUCCCAAAUGGUUAUGAGCCAAGUCGAGUCGGUCCGAGAAUAGACACGGAGUUGAAGAAUCAAGGUUACAAUGGUCCGCUCACCAUAAUUGGCAUUGGUAACCUGGAAGGAGUCCCUCAUGACUUUCUGAAAGCGCUCUCUUCCGGUGGAGUCGUUAUUAAACAGCUUCCACUAGGAUCCGACAUGAUGAGCUGUGUGCGCCGUGCUUUGUUUUCGAGAGAACCUCGUUUUGAACCUCCCUUGUCAAUGAUGCUCAUAACUGCCGUCCAUGCCGAGCUAUUGGAAGAUGUCAUUUGCGUGUUUUUUAAUCGUGGCCCCCGUUACAAUCUUCUGCUGGCUUUUACAGCCGUUACCGAACAUGCAGACCCAGAGCCUCCAACCCUACUAGUCGACAACUUUGGUGGAGAGUGGGUCUGGGAUAGGCUUGGCUUACUGAAAGAUCCAGGGUCUCCCAACUAUGAUACCAGAAGACAGGACACAGGCUGUGAAUUGCAUUGUUGCGGAUUAUGCGACGAUUUUUCUUCCGACAGCUUUGAUGAUUUCAAAGCCCACCUCGACAGUCCCCAACAUGCAGAUAAGAUGCAUGAGUAUCUUAGUUACCUUGCGGGAAGGUUUAAUCGGGUCUUAGAAAAUUUUGAGUCCGCCGUUAGGCUUCAAGAGUCUUAUCUUGCAAAAGUGGAGGCAAAAAGGCGAGAGUUUGUAACGUGGUUCGGCUUGUAUGAUUCUGAUGAUGAGGAUGAUACUCCCAAGCCUCAGAAGGCAAGUUAGAGUUUCUUUUUUUUA